AAAACCUUUCACCUGCCAGGAGCUACUGUUAGACAAGGAGACACUCUUUUGCUGGGGGGGUUUGACCCUGAAAAUGAACUUUGGAAGGAUUCUCCUAGUGAAGUGUUUGCUGUUGUUGUCCCCCAGUGUAAGAUGCUCUGUCGCCACCAGGAUGUACAGGGCAGUGAACGAGUCGGCUCUGCUCAGCGUGGCUGCUGCCGCCGGGGAUGUGUAUGAUGCGACAUGGCUGAGAGGCAGAAACAAGCUGCUUCGGCUGAACAACAGGACAGUUAGGUAUUAUGUGCCCAGGGACCAAUGCAGGUGUAAGAUUUUCCUAAACGGGACUCUCCAAAUAGAAAACGUUGUGAAAGAGGACAGUGGGAGCUACACUGUGACUGUGUACCUGGAGAACGGAAAGCUGGUGGCGGAGGAGCAGACGGCGCUCGUCGUGCUGGAGCCAGUUCCCCAGCCAAUUCUCAGUGCUGAGUGCAUCAAUAAAACUGCAUCUGUCAAGUGUGAAGUGAAGCAGAAGAGGAAAGAUGAAACGUUUCUAAUAGAGCUGACUCAGGAUAAAACCAAAAAGCUCCAAAAGAACGGGACGAGGUUGGAGCUGCACACACGGUAUUCUGGGCCCUUCAGAUGUGUGGUUAAGAACCAAGUCAGUGAAAAAACAGCUGAAAAAGUAAUUAAGUGCUCAGGCCAGCUGGACUUAUAUCUCAUCUUUAUCAUAGCAGGAGGUGCAGUCUUCUUUGUGGCCUUUGUGAUUUUGAUUACUUAUUGCAUCAGGAAGAAGCAAAGACAAAAGUAUGAAGGUGAUGGUGAGGAGCAAGUGAUGCAGGCUUGCAAGGUGGAGAGCGAGAUGGUGGUGCGGAAGCUCCCUCAGCCACCCUGCAGUCUCACCCCGAAGCAGCUGCGCGUGCAGCAGCGGCCACUGCCACUGCCACAGCCUCAGCCGCAGCCGCAGCCGCUGCCCCCGCGGCCCCGGCCCCGCGCCCAGCCGCCAGCUCCCAGCCGCCCGAGACAGAGGCCUUGAGCCUCUACCCUGGGGGCGAUGACAGCCUCUCUGCUCCACCAUUUAUCAGGCAGAGAGCCUCCCAUAGCCAGGAACUCCUCCUGCCCGGCCUCGCGUAACGCUCAGCUAGGGAAGCACGGCUUGGAUGCAGACAGUUAGAGGGGGCAGCAAGUGGAGAUGAAGAGACUCAGCAGAGGAGAUUCAAGGUGAUGGGCAGCCACCCUUGUACCCAUUGUCCUUUAACUGUCCUCGUGUUAGGGUAUGGAGCACUGAGCCUUGAAGCCUUUGUCUUUCUUGCUUUUACUGUUCCUUGUUGUCUUCAUGCAUAUUUGGAUGAAUUAUACCAAGAGCACGAGCCAGCAGUGUGC